ACUGCAUUUCUCACCCACUCUCUCUUUCCGGCUCCCUCUGCCUCCCCCUUCCUCCUCCUUUCGCUGCUCUGCCACUGCUGUUAUUAAGCUCUCUAGACUUAUUUUCCACAGCAUCUCUUUUUCUUCUCUUCAGGUCCCUGCCGCCCCCACCGCUUUCAUCCCCCCCUCCACUUUCCUUAUUUCACCUUGCUCCUUAUUUGCUCCCUCUCUUUCUCCCUGUGCCAGUCUUUCUCUGCUGAUACAGAGGAAUGCAGAAUGAGGCUAGCUGUGGCUCUUGGGCUGUUGAUACUUGCGACUCUUCUCAGAGUGUCAGUGCAGGGACCUCACCAGCGCUAUCUGCUCAGGGAGCUGCUGAGGGACUAUAACCCGAUGGAGAGGCCGGUGGCCAACGACUCCCAGUCCCUCACCGUUCAGUUCUCGUUCACGCUCAUGCAGGUCAUGGAUGUGGAUGAAAAGAACCAGAUUAUCACCACAAACGCCUGGCUGCAGAUGCAGUGGUACGAUCACUACCUCCAGUGGAAUCAGUCUGAGUAUCCUGGAGUAAAAAACCUUCGCUUUUCCCCCGACCAGGUGUGGACACCUGACAUAUUGCUUUACAACAGUGCUCAUGAUAAGUUCGACGCCACCUUCAAGACCAAUGUGCUGGUGAACUCUAGCGGCUUCUGUGAGUAUCUGCCUCCAGGAAUAUUUAUCAGCACGUGUAAUGUGGACGUUAGAUGGUUUCCAUUUGACAUCCAGCGCUGCGAGCUGAAGUUUGGCUCGUGGACGUUUGACGGCUGGCUGCUGGACAUCCAGAUGAAGGAGGCAGAUGUGUCAGGAUACAUGCCCAAUGGAGAGUGGGACCUUGUGGAGGUCCCUGGAGGUCGUAAUGAGAUUUUCUAUGAAUGCUGUGCAGAGCCCUACCCUGACGUCACGUUUGUGGUGACGUUGCGAAGGAGAACCUUGUUCUAUGCUCUCAACCUGCUCAUCCCCUGUGUGCUCCUCUCCUCCAUGACCCUAGUGGUCUUCCUGCUCCCUGCCAACUCUGGGGAGAAAAUCAGCCUGGGCAUCACGGUUCUGCUUUCUCUGACCGUCUUCAUGCUGAUGGUUGCAGAGAUCAUGCCCGCGACAUCAGACUCGGUUCCGCUGAUUGGUCAGUACUUCGCUAGCACCAUGGUGAUCGUUGGGAUGUCGGUGGUAGCAACAGUCAUCGUCCUCCAGUUCCAUCACCACAACCCCAACAGUGGAGGCAUGCCACGCUGGGUGCAUUUAGUUCUGCUGCAGUGGGUGCCCUGGUUUCUGCGGAUGAAGCGUCCUGGUGAGGGAGCGGAGGCCAAUCUUUCCAACUGCCAGGCGGACUCCCAGAGCAAGACCCUGUCCUCUCCCACCACCACUACUACGACCACCACCAUCCCCACCCCAGUGCCCUCCAUUCUCCCACAGAGCCUCAACUCUUUGCAGGCUAGCCUGGCGCAGCUCAACCACCCCCUGUCGCACCCGCUGCCUCACCGGCCCAACUCUCAGCCCGUUGUCCUCCCGAAUUCCAGCCACAGAGAUUCACAUCCCCAGCCUAACGGUCAUCUGCCUUACAUGAGCUUCCAGACCUUCCAGGCCACUGCAGAACUGGAACCAGUCCAGAGGAACAGAAUGACCAGCCACAGGAGGAGUAACAGUGGACUAGGUGGAGGGGAAGGAGAAGUCGCAGCGGCAGGAGGCGGAGGGCCAGUGGGAGGUACGCCAAUACAUCACCACCUCCCACCGUCCAAGUUCUCGAACCCCCCACAGGAGCCUCCAGUCUGCCCAGACGCUGACCCAUUAAACACAACCUCUGGACACUGCUCUCUGGAGGCUGUGGCUGGCAGAUCCGCUGUUUCACACACCCACAGCGGGAUGAUUCGGUCCGUGGCGGUGGACAACCAGCUGCAAGCUCUCCUGGUGGAGGUGCAGUACUUAGUGGAGCGCGUUCGUGAGCAGGACCGUCAGCUGAGUUUGGCCGAGCAGUGGCAGUUUGCUGCAGCCGUCAUUGACCGCCUGUGCCUGGUCGGCUUCAGCGUUUUCAACAUCAUCUGCACCAUCGCCAUCCUCAUGGCAGCUCCCAACUUCGGAGAAGCCCUGUCAAAGGAUUUCCUCUGAGUGGAAAGAAAAGUGAUUUGUGGCCAGUGUUAGACCUCGAAAGAUAAUACAGACUUCUGGAAGCACAAUUGCUGACACUGGGACAUACAACAGCAAGUCUUGUCUGUUUCGUGGAGUGGAGUGGACUGUGCAACAUGUCAAGUGGACAAUGAGCCGGACACAUUUCAGUCACUGUAUUUCCUGAGCCUGCCCAGAUACACCAUCAACACGAUCUCACACUGAUUUUAACGAUGGUUUGCGCAACAGCUGAUAACAUCAUUGGUGAAUAUUAGUGAAUAUUCUGCAGUGAUUCUGCAGACACUGAUGUGUUGCAUGUCGAACGCAUUUUUACUGUUUAAAGGUUCAGGAUUACAAUAAACCUUAACUUUCCAUUUAAUAUGAAUCAGCGUGAUGAACUUUUUCCCCACACGGACAUUCUGUUCUGCAGUUUGAGAAUAGAAGAAGAAAAUUCAUUUUCGCUAUUGUUAAGCCUGGAAAUAAUCUAUGCAGCGGCCUCAUACUGAAACUAAUCUGCAGUGAUGUGAUAUCUCAUGAAAAAAGGUUGAACAACAGUUUGUUUUUUCUCAUUAUACAAGACACUAGAGGUUUUUCCCUGCGAGCCUGUCUCAUGAAAAAUAAACAACUCAAAAAUCCAAUUCUUAUUCACAAUGCGAAACAUUAUUGUUUUUUGUGCAGCUGUCAGUGAGGUUCAACUUGCAGCUUGUGAAAAAAUGUUUCACAAAGGCUUUUUUUAAAUCAUUCACAUACCACUCGCACCGAUGUGUACGCAGAAACAUGUGUCUCUGACUGUGAACUGAGACAGCUGCUUUGCAGAAUGUUGGACAGUUGAAUGCCCGUAGGUCGUGACACACAGAGGUGCGAGUACUGUGAAAUAAACGAUCUCGUCUUUUG